ACAGACCGUAGUGACGUGAGGCGCAGUUGUGUGAGGCUGAGCUGCACCGCGCAGCACGUCCAUGUUCGGCUCAGCCGGGACCAGCUCAUAAAGGGUCAACAGCGGCCGGGACCCGGACAGUGUGACGUCACAGGUGAGACGGGGGCGUUGACGUCACAGAGUGGGGUCACAGAUUAUCAUCCUGGCUCCUCUCACUUUUCAUCUUUCUGUGACUUUAAGAGUGAGUGAAGUCCACUUUCACUUGCUCUGUGUUCCCGGGGAAGGCUGCUAGUCUUCCCCACUGUUCAUACCUUGGAAAGAACCCAAAUAUGGCUGACCCAAUAAUGGACCUUUUUGAUGAUCCAAAUCUAUUUGGCUUGGAUUCUCUAACUGGUGAUUCAUUUACCCGAGAUGGACCAGACACCAUGGAUGAAGCACUUGGCUUGGGUAGUGUUCUGGAACCUCUGGAACAGCUCACAACAGACAGAGGUGGCGAACGACCAAUAGCAGAUGGAAUUGAGCAGAGAACAGAGCUACAAGUCCUGCAGGACAAUCCUGCUGCUGUUGUCACAUCUGAGCGUUCAAUGGUUUCCCAGUCCUCUACAAACCAAGAACUACUUAACCAAGGUAACCCCUUUAUGGGGACUUCCACAACAGGAGGAGUGGCUCCUAAAUUCAUGAUUCUAAAAGCUCCACCAGGGAUGACUAUGAGUGGCUGCCCCGUGACACAGAUCCAAACUAUAGCUCCUGGCCAGUCAGCCAAUGGGGGCAAAGUUACCUUUGCUAAGGUGCUGACAGGAACCCCACUUCGACCUGGGGUUUCCAUCGUAUCUGGUAAUACAGUUCUGGCCAAAGUUCCAAAUCAAGGAAUUGGAGGGCAACCAGGGGCUGUCAGACCUGUUAGACAGUUACUACUUCAGCCUGUGCGCACUUCAGCACCUACAACUGGCACUAACACCAACACGAACAUCAAGCCUGCAGUUACUUUGACUUCUGCACCUCAACAGGGGGAUUCUAAGCGCAUUACACUUGUGCUUCAGCAACCUGCACAGUCUGCCUCUGGGGCUCAACAGGGUCAACGUCAUGUGGUACUGGGUGGGUUCCCAGGAAAGAUUGUUCUUCAAGGAAAUCAGCUGGCAGCACUUACCCAGGCCAAGACUCCCCAGGGACAACCAGCCAAAGUGGUUACUAUUCAGCUGCAGGUUCAGCAGCAUGCAGGGGCAGCAGGCCAAAUACCCCAGAAGUUUCAGAUUGUACAGCAAGCAGCAGGUGGUCUAACUCUUGCACCCGUAGGGCAGCAAACACAUGUGCUAGGUCAGCAAGGAGCUCAGAGGCUUUCUGUACCACUCAAAGUUGUCUUACAGCCACAGGCGGGUUCUUCACAGGGUACCACGCAAAGUCUGUCAGUGGUAAAAGUUUUGAAUGCAAGUGAAGUGGCGAGUCUGACAGCUGGCCAAUCCUUGGUGAAGGUUGGAGGUGAAUCUCGGAAGAUGGAUAAUCAGAAGAAACAGGAAAAGGCAAACCGCAUUGUGGCUGAAGCCAUUGCCAGGGCUCGAGCCCGCGGGGAGCAGAACAUACCCCGUGUCCUGAAUGAAGAUGAACUACCAAGUGUCAAUGCUGAUGAUGAUGAUGGAAGUAGAAAAAAGAGGAAAAAAAAGAAGGGUGAAUCGGGUGAUGGGUCUAUUAACGACAAGUCCAAAAAAUCCAAAGGGAGUGGAAGCUCAAAGUCAAAGAGCAAAUCAAAGCCUAGUACAAUCACACCCAUAGUGGGGAAGAAGAGGAAGCGAAACCCAUCAUCUGAUAACUCUGAUGCCGAAGUGUUGCCAUCUCAAGCUUCUCCGGCAGAGGAUGAGGAUAGUGUUCAGAAGAGGCGAUCAAAUCGUCAAGUGAAACGUAAGAAAUAUACUGAGGAUUUGGAUAUUAAGAUUACUGAUGAUGAAGAUGAUGAGGAAGUGGAUGUUACUGGACCUGUUAAGAGUGAACCGGUUUUUCUGCCUGAGCCCAUCCCAAUGCCUGACAAUGAGUCUGUUCCCUCCAUGCAGUUCUUUGUGGAAAAUCCGAGCGAAGAGGAUGCUGCUAUUGUAGACAAAAUCUUGUGUAUGCGAGUGGUAAAAAGAGAGCUUCCUUCAGGAAUUUAUAUUGAUGCAGAAGAAUUCUUUGUCAAGUAUAAGAAUUACUCCUAUCUGCACUGUGAAUGGGCCACAAUUGAACAGCUUGAGAGGGACAAACGCAUCCACCAAAAGCUCAAGAGGUUUAAAACCAAGAUGGCUCAGAUGCGGCACUUCCUGCCAGAGGAUGAAGAGCCCUUUAAUCCAGACUAUGUAGAGGUGGAUCGAAUUCUGGAUGAAUCACAUAGCAUUGAUAAGGACAAUGGAGAGCCAGUGGUGUAUUAUCUGGUAAAGUGGUGUUCACUAUCCUAUGAAGACAGCACUUGGGAACUGAAGGAAGAUGUGGAAGACCGGAAGGUUGAUGAAUUCAAAAUAAUAGAGUCCCGGCAGCCUAACCUCAAGCAUGUGGCACGGCCAGCGGCUACAUCAUGGAAGAAGUUAGAUCUGUCACGGGAAUACAUGAAUGGCAAUCAAUUAAGGGAAUACCAAUUAGAGGGGGUGAAUUGGCUGCUCUUCAAUUGGUACAACAGACAAAACUGUAUUCUGGCAGAUGAGAUGGGCCUGGGCAAGACAAUCCAGUCCAUCUCAUUUCUGCAGGAAGUGUACAAUGUGGGAGUUCAGGGUCCUUUCCUAGUGAUUGCCCCACUCUCCACUAUUACCAACUGGGAGAGGGAAUUUGCAAGCUGGACACAAAUGAACACCAUUGUAUACCACGGCAGCCUGGCUAGCCGACAAAUGAUUCAGCAGUAUGAGAUGUACUGCAAGGACUCGAAGGGUCACCUGAUUCCUGGGGCGUACAAGUUUGAUGCUUUGAUCACAACAUUUGAAAUGGUGCUUUCUGACUGCCCUGAGCUACGUGAAAUUGAAUGGCGCUGUGUCAUUAUUGAUGAGGCUCAUCGUCUGAAGAAUAGGAACUGCAAGCUUCUGGACAGCUUAAAACAUAUGGACCUGGAGCACAAGGUCCUUUUGACUGGGACACCAUUACAGAAUACUGUGGAGGAGCUGUUCAGUCUCUUACAUUUCUUGGAGCCUACUCAGUUUGCCUCUGAAGCAGAGUUUUUGAAGGAUUUUGGAGACCUUAAAACUGAGGAACAGGUUCAAAAGUUACAAGCCAUCUUGAAGCCCAUGAUGCUUAGGCGAUUAAAGGAAGAUGUCGAGAAGAAUCUUGCUCCCAAGCAGGAGACUAUCAUUGAAGUGGAGUUGACGAAUAUUCAGAAGAAAUAUUAUAGGGCCAUUCUGGAAAAGAAUUUUUCCUUCCUUACUAAAGGAGCCAGUCAAUCAAACACCCCCAACUUGCUUAACACCAUGAUGGAGCUUCGCAAGUGUUGCAACCACCCCUACCUCAUCACUGGAGCGGAAGAGAAGAUCAUGUUUGACUUUCGAGAAGCAACCCCAGUGAUCCCUCAUGACUUCCAUUUACAAGCUAUGGUGCGCUCCUCUGGAAAAUUGGUGCUAAUAGACAAACUUCUGCCUAAGCUGAGAGCUGGAGGUCACAAGGUCCUCAUCUUUUCCCAAAUGGUGCGGUGUUUGGAUAUAUUAGAGGAUUACCUUAUUCAGCGAAGGUAUCUCUAUGAACGAAUUGAUGGUAGAGUUCGCGGGAAUAUGCGUCAAGCUGCAAUUGAUCGAUUCAGCCGUCCAGACUCUGAUCGGUUUGUGUUCCUGCUGUGUACACGUGCUGGUGGACUUGGUAUCAACCUGACAGCUGCAGACACAUGCAUCAUCUUUGACUCUGACUGGAAUCCUCAGAAUGAUCUUCAGGCACAAGCACGUUGUCACCGCAUUGGGCAAAGCAAGGCUGUUAAAAUUUACCGUCUAAUUACCCGAAAUUCCUAUGAGAGGGAGAUGUUUGACAAGGCCAGCUUAAAGCUAGGGCUGGAUAAAGCUGUACUCCAAUCCAUGAGUGGGCGGGACAAUCACCUGAGUGGGCCCAUCCAACAGUUUACAAAGAAAGAAAUUGAAGACCUGCUGAGAAAAGGAGCUUAUGCAGCCAUUAUGGAUGAAGACGACGAAGGUUCCAAGUUUUGUGAGGAAGACAUUGACCAAAUUCUGUUGAGACGAACCACAACAAUAACCAUAGAGUCUGAGGGAAAGGGCUCAACCUUUUCCAAGGCAAGUUUUGUAGCCUCUGAGAACAGGACUGAUAUCGCACUUGAUGAUCCUAACUUCUGGCAGAAGUGGGCCAAGAAAGCCGAUCUAGACCUUGAUCUUCUGAACAGUAAGAACACACUUGUAAUAGACACACCUCGUGUUAGGAAACAGACUCGACACUUCACUAACAAGGAUGAUGAUAUGGUAGAAUUUUCAGACUUAGAAAGUGAUGAUGAUGAUCGUCCACGAGCUCGGCGUCAAGAUCGCAAAAAUGGUUAUGGCCGUACAGACUGUUUUCGUGUUGAGAAACAUCUGCUGGUAUAUGGGUGGGGUCGCUGGCGGGACAUACUGACACACGGCCGCUUCAAACGUGGGAUGAUGGAACGGGAUGUGGAGAGAAUUUGCAGAGCCAUCUUAGUAUAUUGUCUGUUGCAUUAUCGUGGAGAUGAAAACAUAAAGAGCUUUAUCUGGGACCUGAUCACUCCUGCAGAGAAUGGCAAAACCAAGCAGCUCCAGAAUCACUCUGGUCUUUCUAUUCCUGUGCCUCGUGGACGUAAAGGCAAAAAAGUGAAAUCUCAGGUCAGCUUUGACAUACACAAAGCGGACUGGAUUCGCAAGUACAACCCGGACACCUUGUUUCAUGACGAGGGCUAUAAGAAGCAUCUAAAGCACCAGUGCAACAAGGUACUAUUGCGUGUCCGGAUGCUGUAUUACCUCAGACAGGAAGUAAUAGGGAACCAGGCUAUGAAGGUGCUGGGAGGAGUGGAUGUCGGGGAAAUUGAUGUAUGGGUCCCGCAAAUUGAUCAGGCAGACGCUCCCUCACUCUGGUGGGACCGAGAAGCCGACAAGUCUCUGCUCAUAGGCGUCUUUAAACAUGGUUAUGAAAAGUACAACACCAUGCGUGCUGAUCCAGGUCUAUGCUUUUUGGAGAAGGUUGGGGGACCGGAUGAGCAGGCAAUAGCAGCUGAGCACCAUGCACAAGACUUUGUUGAGCUGCCUGAGAGUGGAGACUUUGAUAGAGAUAUUGAAGAUCCAGAAUACAGACCACUCCAUGUACAGAAAGAUCCUGAGGAUGAGAUGGAUCCCUUAAUGAUGGAUGAAGAAAUAUCAGUUGUGGAUGGUGAAGAAGCAACACCUAUGCCCAGUGGCAUGUUGUGGCCACCUGGCUCUGCUCUCACAGCCCGCCUGCGCCGCCUCGUCACUGCCUACCAACGUAGCUACAAACGUGAACAGUUAAAAAUGGAAGCCGCGGAGCGAGGUGACAAACGCAGGAAGCGCUGUGAGGCGGCAUUCAAACUGAAGGAGAUUGCGCGUCGAGAGAAGCAGCAGAGAUGGACACGACGCGAGGCUUGUGACUUUUUCCGCGUACUAUCCAGCUUUGGGGUUGAGUAUGACCCUGACACUCAGCAUUAUGAAUGGCAGCGAUUCCGCAGUUUAGCAAGGCUGGACAAGAAAACAGAUGAGUCAUUACUCAAAUAUUUCCAUGGCUUUGUGGCUAUGUGUCGACAAGUAUGUCGUUUGCCACCAGCAGCAGGGGAUGAGCCCCCAGACCCAUCUCUUUUCAUUGAUCCUAUCUCGGAGGAACGAGCUUCACGAGCUCUGUUCCGCCUUGACCUCCUUCGUAAGGUGCGCGAGCAAGUCCUGUGUCACCCCUUGCUUCCUGCACGUUUGUCCAUGUGUCGGCCGGACUCAGAAUUACCGGAAUGGUGGGAAAGUGUCCGUCAUGAUAAAGAGCUACUUGAAGGAGCAGCACGAUAUGGGCUCAGUCGCACAGAUCUUACACUUAUGCCAGAUCCUUCAUAUUCGUUUCUGAGCUGCCGGCUCAGCUACCUCCAAUCCAGGGGCAUAUGUAAUCUCUCUCGGCCAUCCACUCCUACUACUGUCCCAUCUCUGGCUUCUACAGAACAUCAGCCCCCUCAUAUUCUUUCACUCUCGUCAUCCGUCAGCUCCUCUCCAGCUCCACGCCGAUCUUCCUGCUCCUCAUCCUCCUCUUCAUCUAAUUUAGAAGACUCAUCAGAUGAAAGCAAUGAGAGUAGAGUGGGCAAACUAAACGCAGGUCUUCCGCACUCUCGUUUGUUUGAUGAGGAAAGCCGCUUGUCUCUCACAGCAUCCCCUGCUGACCUCAACACAGAGGACAGUGCUCAAACAGCUUUGGAGAAUCCACAUAGUGCAGAUUGGCCAAAGGAUCGGGUUCUAAUUUGUCGUCUUGAGCAAGUUUGCAAUGCAGUAUUGACUGGAAAAUGGUCUUCACCACGUAGAAUAUCUGACCCACUAAGUGACAGUCCUGAUAGCAUGUCUCCAGAGGAACAGAGUCCCGCCCCCUUCACACAGAUACGUCCCCCUCCUGACCCAAAGGAAUUUACGGUCCAAAUCAAAAGUGAGGAAGGACUAAAAAUCAAGUUUCAGAAACACAAGCUUCUUGGAAAUGGAGCAGUGGAGUCUGUACAGCAUGUCCAUAAGAAGAAAAGUAAAAAGAAAUUGGUACAGAUGGAGCUAGAUAUGGAUGCCCGAAUUCCAGUUGUGAAUCAAAGGGACGGUACAGUACUCCUGGGUGAAGAAGCACCUAAACGCUGCCAACUGCAUGAGUGGCUCCACAGGCAUCCUGACUACAUUGUGGACCCCCGAUUUCUAGCUUAUAUGGAGGACCGUAGGAAGCGCAAGAAACACCGGAGUAAGAAAUCAAGAUCAUCUGCGGUGGCACUUGGAGUUGCGGGUGCUGUGCCGACUUCUCAUCAUCACAAUGGGAAAAAGUCUUCUCUACAAGAGAACACAUUUGAUAAUCAACACCUCCCCACAUCAGCGAAGAAAAGAAAGAAACGUCCUCCCUCCAAGAUAAUAAUGCCAUCUACGUUACACGGAGCUGGGGACACUUGUCACACCUUAUCCCGGGACCCUAGACCGGAGCCCAGUACAAAUCCUCUGCGGGCUGUGUAUGGGGCAGCAGGAGGAGGAAUACUGCACCAAACAGGACUUGGUGGGAUUGGAUUACCACGUUUCCACCCUCUGCAUGCAGCGUCUGCAAGUAGAAUUCAAGGACCUACAUUUGGUGAUGAAUUGCAGGGAUAUGAGCCCCCACAACAACACUUCUCUCUGCUUGAUGACCCCAUGAUGCCAGCAAAUUCUUCCUCCAGUGAUGAUGACUUAGACAGACCCUGAUAGGACCCUUCCCCUAGUGGGAGCCAAGAACAACUCACGGAGAAGCAGGGCCAAACCCCCCCUAUGUAGAGACUAAGUUACCGCCUUCUCACCAGUAGCCUGUUUUUUGGGGGAUUUUAUUUUUGUUUUUUUUUUCCCCCUCCCAAUUUUCAGGACUCCAUGACUCUUUCCAGCCCCAAGUCCAAGGAUCCUCCGCGGCAGGAUUCACGCUGGAUCAGAAAGGACAAAUGAAUGAGGUUUUGCCUUUUUUUUUUUUUUUUUUUUAAUUUAAUAUUAUUAACUCUAUAUUGCUGGAAGGGGCCUUGUACCACACUAGCACAGGACAGGUUCUAGGACAUUAAGAAGUCUUACAGUGCAAUAAGGCACUUCAGGAUCUGGGUGACAAGGUCCCUAUCCCACUUGGGGUUCUCCACUAUUCACCCAGCUCUGAUGUGCAUUACUCUCAUAGGUCACUGUUAUGGGUGUAACGUUAUUGGAAGUGUUGCAGUAAGAAUACAGCAACCUGUUAACUUGCACAGAACAUGAAAUCGUUGAAAGCAGAGUUACGCCUGUUCAAUGAGGGAGGGAAUGGGCACUUUGUGUGUACAUGUGGGACCUGACACUGAGGAGCUGAAGCUGCAUUUUGUAGGAUGCAGGGGGUGCUACCAGCCUUCACUUUCCCUCCUCAGUCAUCCAUGAGAAAUCAAUAAAUUCCUUGAUUUAAUAUAAUGUCUUUUCGACUUGAAGAA